UGUAACUUCCUGGACCCGUCAGUAUGGUUUACUGAGAACUGGUUUCUUCUGCUUUGCCUAUGAUAAGAAAACCGGAGGCUUAGAAGCACUAGUCCUUCGUCGCAGAGACGGAUCUGAGGUUUAUGACGACACCUGUGACCCGAUCCAGGCUUGAAGUAGGAAUAAGCCAUGUCCCAGGGCCCCACCAUUCUGUGGAGCCCUAUGGUGAUCGUGGAGGCUGCGGGUGGAGCCCUGCCCCAGGUUUCCCAUUAUUCAUUGAAACCUGGCAACCAGGAAGAGGGCUGUGUGUCCUUUGAGGACGUGGCUGUGUACUUCUCCUGGGAGGAAUGGAAGCUGCUUGAUGACUCCCAAAGGCUCCUGUACCGGACUGUGAUGACCGAGAUCUUCGAACUUGUUUCCUCGCUGAGACUUGAACUUUCUGGGAUCAAGGACAUAACUCGGGUGGAGUCUUGCGGAGAUCUCUCCACGCCUGCACUGAGAUUCCCGACUCCAUGUUUGUGGACAGGUUGUUGGAUCAAAGUGGAGAGUGAAGCGUCCCCCUUUGAGCAGAGUCUGUCUGCGGAAGGAGACCUUAGUGCAUCUGUGCUCCAGCAGCAAGUGCUGAGCUGUGCUGAGACACCCUUACUAAGUGCAGACAACGCGAUGAUCAUCCAGACUUCCUCAGGUCUUCUCAAGUAUCAGGUGACUUCUAGUGACGGGGAGACACCCAGGACCACUGAGAAUGGAGAGGCCAUUCACCCCGAGAAGAAGACCUGCAAAUGCAGUUACUGUGGCAAAGUCUUUACUAGUAUCUCUCACCUUAAUCGGCACUGGAAGAUACACACUGGAGAAAAACCUUUUCAGUGCAGCGAGUGUGGGAAAUCCUUCAGCCAGAAAGCCUUUCUCAUCAAGCAUUUCAGAAUGCACACUGGAGAGAAGCCUUAUAGGUGCAGUGAAUGUGGCAAAGCCUUCAAGCAUAAUAUCUCCCUCAUUUCCCAUCAGGGACUUCACACAGGAGAAAUGCCUUUCAAGUGCAACGAAUGUGGGAAAUCGUACAGGAGCAGAGAAGGCCUUAAAGUUCAUUAUCGGUUUCACACCGGGGAAAUGCCUUUUGAGUGCCAGCGAGUGGGGAAAUCGUACAGGAGCAGGGAAGGCCUUUUGAAUCAUUUCUACAGUCACACUGCGGAGAAGCCUUUCAGCUGCAGCGAAUGUGGGGAGUAUUUCACCCAAAACUCUGACCUCAUUGAACAUCUUACAGUCCACGGCAAACCGUUCAAGUGCAAUGAGUGUGGGAGAGUCUUUAAUUCAAGUUACAACUUCGUUAGACACAUGAAAGUUCACAUUGUAGCCAAGCAGUAUGCGUGCAGGGAGUGUGACAAAGUGUACUGCAGUAGCUCUAGCCUGUAUAAACACCGCAAGAUUCACACUCGAUAAAUAGCUAAGGAGGGCCCUGGGGUAAGAAGUCCCUUGCCUGAAAUCUCGGCAGAACACAAGUGAUGGAUGCUUCAGAGCACGUGGCGGCACCGUUCACACACCUCCAACCCGUAAAAGUGGCGAGGUCACGGGGGCUAGGAUGUGUCAUGAACCCAUGAAUUCAGGGAUCCAUGUUUGAGGUCUCCGAUCAGAAGUGUUUUCUGGAAACACCGUGACUCCACGUAGGUUUCUGAGUGCAGAGAUUGUAGGGAACAGCGUCGGCCACUGGCGGAACUUCAGCUCUGGGACCCGAACCUGACCUUCGGGGAGGGCUUCUGAGAGGGCUCCUGUGGGACUCAGUGUGGUUGGGGGAGGAGCAGAGUGGCCUUGGAUCUAUAAUGAAAGGCGACUUCUCCUUUUACUGAGUGUUACAGUGCCCUGAAUAAAUGCUUGUCUUUCCUGCUCUGUAGUCUUUCA